CAUUACUACAUAAGACCUGCACUGCCCAGCGUGCAGAUCACAUAUCAGGUACCGCGAGUAUUAACCUCUGCAUUGCCAUCGUAUCGUUCCUAUCCCCUCUAAACUCCAAGGCAACUAGCUGCGUUGAUGGGCUUGCUAGCGAUGGUGAUGGAUGUGAAACAGAUCGACAUUGUAUCUCAGAGUGAUGUAUGGGCAGUCAACUUCGCGGGCGAAAGUCAGGUCAUAGGAGGAAAUACCAACGGUGACAUUCGUCGAUGGCAGAUUGAAGAUGGGCAGCAACGGGGUCCAGCCAUGCAAGGGAGUGGCCAUAUUGAAUCUGUUGUCGUCUCCCAGGAUGGCCAGUGGAUUGUGUCCGGCGACCGAGGAUGGAAGACGAUCGUCUGGAACGCGGCCACUCACGAAAAAGUGCGCGAGUUCGCAGAAAAUCCUUACUGGGUACACGGAGUCGAUAUCUCGGGCGACGGUACUAAAAUUGCGUCUACGAGUACUAAUACUGUCCUGAUAUUCAGCCUCACGUCUAAUACCUGUGCUCUCCCUCUCCUUCCACACGAUGGCGUUACUGCUGUCAAGUUUUCCCCAGAUGGGAGUCGAUUUGCUACCGCCUCGUGGAUUUACGGUUUCCGUGUCUACAACACUCACGAUGGCAGUAUCUUAUUCGAUUCAGGUAAAAUGGGUUCAACUGGUGCAUGGCCAGUCGCUCCGUUGGCCUGGUCGCCCGAUGGCCAGACGCUGUUCGUCGCAAGCAAGGGCAAAAUUAUCUAUUUCGACCUUUCCAAGUUUUCGUCUUCGGAAUGGUCAAUUCAUGAAAACCAAUCUGCAGUCCAUAUAGCAUCCAACGGCAGAUUCAUUGCAUGCGCGGCAGGCUUAUCGGUUUCACUAUGGGAUCGUGUGUCCCACAAACAGAUUAGUAGCAUUAUCACACACGCUGCAGAGGUCAAAUGCGUUGCCCUCUCACCAAGCGGGGGCUAUCUCGCAUGUGGAAAUGGCAGGAACAUCACAGUUCAUAAUCUCAGAGAAGUCCUUCCCUAUAAGUAUUUCGAUGGUGGUCUCCCACUCAUGCAAUUAAGCCACGAGACCCUCACAUCAUGGACACAGGACGACCUGAUGAACACUGAAGUGUUACUGUCGGAGGAGGUUGCGGGUGCUUCAAGUCCUAGCCAUUGUGUGCUAGCAAACAGAGCUCUUGUAAGAGCACGUUUGAGACAUUUGACUCUUGCGAUAGAGGACGCUGAGGAGUCCCUCCGGGUUCGGCCGUCGCCGAUCGGCCAUAUUGCGAUGGCGGUCGUUCUACUUGCCCAGGGGGAUCGAGAGGGUGCGCUAUGGACAUUCGACUUUGCCACCCAUGAUUGUGCAUUGCAUGACAACAGAUUGCUUUUACUACUGAAGUCGAUUCUUGUGUUCGAAUCUGGAAAUCAAGAAGAGGCGAUUGUGCGGGUAGGGUACCUUACUGCGAGAGCGAACAACAACUACGAUGACGACGGUGCCGCCUACAUUUACACCCAGAUCCUUGGAAUUAUGUACAUGAAGAGCGGAAAUUACGGACGAGCAAUACCAUUGAUCGAGCGUGCGCAGAACCUAGCCCCCAUGAACAAACAAUGUCCUCCACUGGUGACGAUCUCGCUCAUAUUUGGGUGGAGUUUCAAUGGGUUGGACCUUACUGCCCAGCAACGUCUAUGUGAAACGCUCUAUGCUGCAGGACGUAUGGCCGAAGCUUUGGAGAUCCUCCUCAAUAUCGUCAGGACAUCUGACGAGGAGAUUCAGGCGAGCAAGGAAACUGCAGAUUGGGUCACAGAUUUCACCAAGAGAUACGUUUUAACACCUGAGUUUGUUGGCAACAAAGCUUUGGGAUCUGCGAAACACGAAGAUGCAAUAACACAGUACCCUGCUGCGUUGCCUCCAAGUCCCACAAGUUUGUUUAUCAUGCGGAGUAGAACUCGAGCGGCAAGAGGUUUGUGGGAGGAUGCACUACAGGAUGCGAACGAGGCCGUGAAAGCGGAUCCCUCCAGCCCUUUGGGGUAUGAGGUCAAACACGCAACACUGCAUGGUGCAAAACGGUAUGACGAGGCGAUCGAUGCUUUCAAGUCUAUGCUGCACGUAAUUGAACAAUCCCAUGAUCCUCUUAUCAGGCAACUGCGCAAGAACUACAUUUCUCCGUCAGAGACGAUUGCAGCUAUUGAUUCUGUUGUCCGCAGGAUCCUUAGAAACUGCCCUCUCAUCGUCAUUGAUGUCAUCACUGGUUGCCUUUGUGACGGCCCUGAGCGAAUCCGUACUUUCAAGGCACAUCCAUUAUUCAAAGAGUUUGUUUCAUCUAUGACGACAGAAGUGGACGACGAGCGGAUUCUACGAGUGGUUGCAAGGUUUUUUGGAUAUGUGAUGUUCUCUCACGCAUGGGAGGGGAGCGAGCCGUCAUUCCAGGAUGUCAACAUAGUCAAAUCUGUGUGGAAACUCCCUGACAUGCCCCUGAAUGAGAAGUUGCGAAAUUUCUGCAAGGAGACACGCAGACUUGGUUAUAAUUGGGCAUGGUCAGAUACUUGUUGUAUCGACAAGUCCAUGAGCUCCAUCCUCAACCAAUCCCUUACAUCUAUGUACAAAUGGUAUGCGAAUUCGGCAGCCACGCUCGUAUACCUUGCCGGCGUAGCGCAUCCGUCCAAGCCCGGGGACCUUUUGCAUAGCUUAUGGAUGACUCGAGCAUGGACUUUACAGGAGCUUCUCUCUCCAAAAGUCAUUCUUUUCUAUGAUUCCAAAUUUAAAUUAUACCUCGGUGAUACUAGUGCGAACCACAAGGAAUCUCCGGAGAUCAUGCAAGAACUAGCAGACGCUAUCAAGAUUUUCCGUGGACAUAUCGUCUCGUUCUCUCCAGACGAUCUCGGGGUCCGGGAAAAACUUCGUCUGGCCUCGACGCGCAAUGCGACGGUCGAGGAAGACGUCGCGUACUCUCUCAUCGGCAUAUUCAAGUCAGAUAUUAACCCUCGCUAUGGCGAAGGACCCGACGCUCUCGGACAUCUCUUGGAGGAGAUUGUUGCCCGCUCCGGCGAGGUCUCCGUGCUCGCAUGGUCAGGGAAGUCAUCAUCAUACAACAGCUGUCUCCCAGCUUCCGUUUCCGUCUACAACCAAACUCCAUACAACCCUCCAUCACUCGACGGGGAAGAAAUGGAAAGGUGCAUCAAAGAAUUACGCGACAAGUUGCCCCAGCAAGAAGCGCAGAGAAUAUAUAAUAAGAUCAGCCGUCUUCCCCCUGCCCGUUUUGCAGCCCGACGUCUAUACCUUCCGUGCACCGUCUUCUCUGUGAAAAGUCUCGAGAAGCCACGCAGAGGCAAUGAUCAGUUAUAUCAUGCUAGGGUAUCGGGGCUCGGCCAAGUAGAGUUCACGACCGCAGACGAUCUCUCGUUGAACAUGCCAUGGAAAAUCGUCUUAGCGCAUCCGUGGAUCCGCCAUAUUCGAGGUCCGAGUAGUGGGUUUGCAUGGAGAGAUGACUCUGACUCGGAUACUGACUCUGGCUCGGUUUAUCACGACGCUGAAUCGGAUGUGGUUGGGCCGCCUUCGCCAUCACACGUUGUCCCUAUUACUAUGCCUCAGGUAGAUGACUAUACUCGAGCACUACAGAUGAUUGCUCGCCUCGGACAACCGUUCAACGCUCUACUUCUCGUGCAACAGCCGAAUGGAGAGUACAAGAGGGUUGCUGCAGAGAACGAGAUUGUCGUCUCGGGUCUCGGGACCAACAUCACUUCCAAGAACAUUCUGGCAGCAGUCUUGGAAAUCCUUUGACGUGUGUCAGCCUUUCGUCCUUUAUCAGUCGUUUUUCUUUUUCUUGGCUCGUUUGUUACAUUGAAACGGAGACGGAGCCUCUGGAGUGCUCGUGACAACACCCCUUACUUGAUACCUGAAACGGAGUUGGAGAUCUGUUCAUACUCAUAUAUUGCCAUGCAUGGACGACGAGGAUCUCAGUGACUACUCCUUCCAUUUGUACUACAUAUACAUAGCAUCCUAGAGUAGUAGCCUAGGCUUUGCAACCCUCAGAC